ACCGGUUCCCUACGCUGCCGCAGCGCCGCAGGCUCGCCGGGCUGGAGGCGGGCGGGGAAAGACCUGACCUCAAGGGGCCGCCUCCCGAAGCGCAGGCUGAGCGAGGCCCUGCUUGAAAAUCACAAUGGCAUGGUAAGGCGGAAGAAAGGACUUGGCCAUUCAACCUUCGUGCCAGCUUGGUUCAGCCAGUGACGUUUCCGCCAGCCUCCAUUUUCUCCCCACCAUGGCUAAGAGCGCAGAAGUGAAACUGGCUAUCUUUGGCCGAGCCGGAGUGGGAAAGUCAGCUCUUGUGGUGCGUUUUCUGACCAAACGGUUCAUAUGGGAGUACGAUCCAACUCUUGAGUCCACUUACCGUCAUCAGGCCACAAUUGACGAUGAAGUUGUUUCUAUGGAAAUACUAGACACAGCUGGGCAGGAGGAUGCCAUUCAGAAGGAAGGCCAUGUGCGAUGGGGCGAGGGCUUUGUGCUGGUCUAUGACAUCACCGACAGAGGGAGCUUUGAAGAAGUCCUGCCACUUAAGAACUUGCUGGACGAAGUUAAAAAACCCAAGAAUGUUACCUUGAUCCUAGUUGGAAACAAAGCAGACCUGGACCACUCGAGGCAGGUCAGCACCGAAGAAGGGGAAAAGCUGGCCACCGAUCUAGCCUGUGCAUUUUACGAGUGCUCUGCUUGUACAGGGGAAGGCAACAUCAUGGAGGCCUUUUAUGAGCUUUGCCGGGAAGUGCGGCGCCGGAAGAUGGUCCAGGGCAAGACCCGGAGACGGAGCUCCACCACUCACGUCAAGCAAGCAAUCAACAAGAUGCUCACCAAAAUCAGCAGCUAAAAUAAUUCGCUUGUUUCGUUAAUAUAGAACAUCUCAACUGAGGUGGGGUGAGAAUGCCGGGUUGUAGGCAAUCAACAAGAUGGUCAAAGCUUUGCUCUUCCCUACACCCCCAAAACCAUCACAUCACUCUUCCUGAAAUUAAGAGAAGCAAAACAGGUUUUUGGAGUUGGAGCAAUUACCAAA